AUGCCAUCCAGUACUAGCGCCUCGGACAAGAAUCGCCGCUCUCGUAUCACAGCUGCCUGUGCGGUGUGUAGAGCCAAGCGCCAAAAGUGCAGUGGAUCCAAGCCUCAAUGUGAUCAAUGUCGAAUGCACAACGAGGAAUGUUGGUGGAGCGAUCAGAAGAAGAGAGGACCGGCAAAGGAUUACCUGCGAUCAUUGCAAGACAGACUCCAAGAGACGGAGCGAUUACUGCUGACCGUCCUUCCGCACGUUCCGGAUGAGAUUCUUGGGCCAGUACUACAGCAAAGCGAUGCUACUAGCGGACCCUCGCAUCAAGCUUGGACAAGCUCCCUAUCAGGACCUGAAUACUGGUCACGGUUCAGUUUAAAUAGGAUCGACCACAUCAGAGACUGGCAAGACCACCGCGCAAGUGGCGUUCUCAGACCGAGCCCACAGUCAAGCCAGCCUGCGCAGAACAGUGCCCAAGCCAGCAUUCCCGACGAGAUGCAUCACCCUAGUGCUCAUAUUCAUCAAAACAUGCUCAGCGAACACGCUGGACAGAAUGGUGGUCUCGCAGGAUCAACUCCCGCAAAUGAUGGUUGGUCCCAACCCCAGCCUCCGCCUGCCAGACUCGAUGAGCGAAGAUAUAGUGAAGAAACGCGGGAUGCAUGCGAAGCUUUAUUCUCCAUAUCAAGGCCAUCCGAGACGAAGCGUCCGGAAUACGCUCCACCAGGCCAGAAUCCCCAAAGCCCUUACCCAGCAACAACGGGAGAUCGGACGUCCUUGCCGUCACAGCUGCCUAAAUUGUUCUGGUGA